AUGACCAAGGAGGAGCCCGCCACCGCGCCGCCCAGGCUGCUCACGCUGCCCACCGUGCUCACCAUUGGCCGCGUCGCUGCCGUGCCUCUCCUGAUCAGCACUUUCUACAUGGAGGGUCCAUGGGCAGCUACGGCCACAACAGGCAUCUUCCUUGCUGCUGCAGUUACUGAUUGGCUAGAUGGUUAUAUUGCUAGAAAGAUGCAGCUAGGAACACCUUUUGGUGCAUUUCUUGAUCCUGUGGCUGACAAGCUUAUGGUAGCCGCAACAUUAGUUUUGUUAUGCACCAAACCUUUGGAAACAUCACUGCUCAAUGAUGGGCCAUGGCUUCUAACAGUCCCUUCCAUUGCUAUCAUUGGGAGAGAGAUUACAAUGUCAGCCGUGAGAGAGUGGGCUGCAUCUCAGAAUAGCAAAGUUCUUGAGGCUGUUGCAGUUAACAACUUAGGGAAGUGGAAGACAGCGACACAGAUGACAGCAUUGACUCUGCUUCUCGCCAGCAGAGACCCAAGUCUACCUGUGCAAGGUGCUCUAGUUGCCCCCGGUGUUGCUCUACUUUACGUUUCCGCUGGACUCGCCAUAUGGUCCCUAGUGGUGUACAUGAGAAAGAUAUGGCGGAUACUUCUAAAAUAG